CCUCCCACACGGCGCUUCAGGGGCCGUGAGUGAGCCGGCGGCCGAUGGUGGCGCUGGCCGCGACUCAGCUCGGCCGUGGCUCGGCGGCCAACAAGAGUGGUGCAGUGGCUCGUAACCUAGGCAACCGGGAUCACCAUCGCAGAGUCGAAUCUGGCUGCAUAUGCGCGCUACAUGUGAUUAAUUAAAGGUGCACCAAGUGACUAAUCACGACGGGAGACGCAAACUCGAUGGGAGUGUGUGAAGAGGCUCCGCCGGCCAACACCAUCAUGCACUGGCAGCAGCAUGAGCGCUACACAAUAGGUCCAGCGUACGACCCCUCGCGGGACCUGUCGCCGAACCUGCCGGUGCACUCGGAUUCGUCGUCGGGGGGCGAGGGCGAAGGGUGUUCCUCGGCUGCCAGCACCACCACCACCACGGACAACAACAACACGAGCGGCUUGCUGAGUGCGUCGUCGUGCUGCCGCUUCUCCGAGUUCGGCGGCGGCGGCGGAGCAAAGGGUGCGUCCGCGUCGUCUCCUCCGCCGGCGCAGCAGCAGUGCGUGGCGGCUCCGCCGGCUCCGCUCGCGCAAUGCAAGAUGGAACAAGAAAACAACGCGGCCGUCACCUGCGCAGGAUGUGGAUCACGUAUCUGCGAUCGCUACUACCUCUUGGCCGUCGAUCGUAAAUGGCAUGUCACCUGUUUGCAAUGCUCUCAAUGCAGACAGGCUCUCGACGGUGAGGUCACGUGUUUUGCAAGGGAUGGCAAUAUCUACUGCAAAAAGGACUACUACAGAUUAUUUGGCAUGCGGCGGUGCGCGAGAUGCCAAGCAGCCAUCUUAUCCUCUGAGCUGGUGAUGCGCGCCCGUGACCUCGUGUUCCACGUGCACUGCUUCACGUGCUCGGCGUGCCAGGCGCCGCUGACCAAGGGGGACCAGUUCGGCAUGCACGGGCCCAACGUCUUCUGCCAGCACCACUUCGAGGUGGCCUCGGCCGGCGGGGGCUGCGGCCCGCUGCCGCCGCCCCUCUCGCCGCCCCCGGGGCCCACGUGCCCGCAGCUCACCGCCAACCCAUUCCCGUACCACCAGCCGCCGUUCCCGUCGCCCGCCGGCGACUACGCCUCCAGCCUGCCCCCGUCGUUACCCCCGCAGCCGCCGCCCAACCCCUCGCCCUGCGCCCUCGAGCCCAAACCCUUCUUCAACGGCGCUCCCGCCCCCAACGCCGCUCCCACCACCCCGAGACAGAAGGGCCGACCACGCAAGAGGAAGCCCAAGGACCUCGAGGGCAUGACUGCAAAUCUUGAUCUCAACUCAGACUCUUCAUACCUGGAUGUGGCAACGCCGUUCGGCCGGUCGAGUGCCAGUCCAAGUGGGCUGUCCAGCAGCCAGUCGAGAACCAAGAGGAUGAGGACCUCGUUCAAGCACCACCAGCUAAGGACCAUGAAGUCGUACUUCGCCAUCAACCACAACCCCGACGCCAAAGAUCUGAAGCAGCUCUCGCAGAAAACGGGUCUUCCAAAGAGAGUUCUGCAGGUUUGGUUCCAAAACGCACGAGCAAAGUGGCGGCGGAUGAUGAUCAAGCAGGAGGGGAAGAUCCCGUCGGACAAGCAGGGCCUGGACUCGCCGUGCGGAGGCGACCUGCAGCAGACGCACCUGGGCCACCCUCACUCGGACUAUUUGCACCUGCAGGGCGACCCCUCGUGCAGUCCGCAGUACAUGAUGGGCAGCCCUUCCUCGCUCGACUGCGUGUGAGCUCACCACGAGAGUACAAUUAUUUGGAAACCCCCCUCGAUCGCGGACUAAAAUCGAGAGUGCAAAUAAGGACGGUGCGGUCGCUUAAUUUAUUGUUAUUUCAUCGAGAGAGAGGCGCCAGUGAUUCGAGAGAAACUAAAUACAGUGUAGCUCAGUGUUGGUUACUUUGAGUUUUCCAUUCGCUCUCUCACGUACCGCGCGCAGCAUCUCAGCAUCAGAGUUAUUUACUAUGUAAAUCGUGGCGCUUUGUUUGUAUGUGAAAUGUAAAAUGCAGUGUUGUUUUAUACUUAAAUACGUAAACGAGCAGAAUGCAUAUAGUACGCGUACAUACAUACAUACAGAUUAUUCAAAUGCAAAGAGCGUGUCUGUGUAUAAACGCGAGCGAGUGGCGAGAGGAUACGUAUACAUAAAUAUAUAAAUGUGUGUGCGUCUAAGCAAGCGCGAGCGAGAGAGAAAGAGAGAGAGAGAAAGAAGAUUUUAUAUAAAACUUGUGUGCAGAGAGUGCGGUCGCGGCGGCAAUGGACACUUACAACUGCUUCUCGGCACAAAACGUGCAUGUUCUACCUACAGACACACACAAUAAUGACACAAGGAGCGAGUGUGUAUAGCUUAUAUAUUUGUGGAUGUAAAAAUUAUUAAUGGACGUGAAAUUUGAAUCUCCUUUAUGCAAAUUGCAUGUUGUAAUGAACCAUACACGCAGCCAGCCAGCCAACUUCUUUUUAAAACGUCUGUAAAUCUCUGCGUUCAUUUUCCUUCGUUUCAGCUUUUACCCACUCGCAUCAGCCAACACUUGUAUAACUUAUAUAUCAUAUUGUAUGAUUUUCCUUUUCACUCGGAACAAACAAACAAACAAAAGUACACCGCUGUAUUUAUUAUAUAAUAUGUACUCUACUAACUCGUAAGACAAAGAAAACAAGAUCAACCACCAACAGCAGUUUACUCAUGACCAUCCACAUGCUAUUUUAUUUGUGACAUUUGUGCAUAUUUUCAAAUUAUAUAUACAAACCUUAUUUACAUUAAAUAUAUCAUUUUAUACAAAAUGGUAAA